AUGCUAGAAGAAUUGUUAAAUACUUAUAAUAAUACUAAACAUCGGACAAUUAAAAUGAAACCUGUUGAUGUAAAUGUUGCUAAUGAAAAAGAACUGUUUAAAAAUAUAUACAAAUCUCUUCAAAGGCAGCAGCAGCGAGUACGAAAAUCCAAGUUUAAAGUUGGAGAUAAAGUUCGAAUUAGCAAACACAAACAUGUGUUUGAGAAAGGUUACACAGCUAACUGGACAACAGAGAUUUUCACUAUAAAAUCUGUACAAAAUACGGUACCUAUGACCUACAGACUUGUAGACUAUCAGGAUCAGCCUAUAGAAGGUGGAUUCUACGAUGAAGAACUCAGCAAAGUUAAAUAUCCGGAUGUUUACCUAGUAGAAAAAGUUAUAAAAACACGUGGAAAUAAAUUACAUGUAAAGUGGCUCGGCUUUGAUAACUCUCACAAUAGCUGGAUAAAUAAAUAUGAUCUGUAA